AUGGCAUCAACAGGAACGGUGCCACAGACUGAUAAGUGCGAUAAGGAUCGUAUGCCGUCAGUUGGUGAUACGUUGAAAGCCCAACGUCAAACUUAUAAAAUUGUUGCGCUAAUUGGUGAGGGUGGUUACGGUAGUGUUUAUGAAGCAGUUGAUAAUGAGAGACACGUCGCAAUUAAAGCAGAGAAAUACAGUAAAUCAAUGUUACAUGUUGAAAUAAGUGCAAUGAAAGCAGCUGCGCGAGUUCAUGCCGAACAUAUAUGUGAACUCAUCGAUUACGGUUCUGAAAAACCACAAUAUAUGUUCAUUGUAAUGACGCUGUUAGGAAAAGAUUUGCAUAAAUUAAGAAAUGAACAAUGUGAAAGAAGAUUUUCGUUGAGUACGGCCGUUAGAGUGGGAAUACAAACACUGAAAUCAGUUGAAGAAAUACAUCGAGGAGGAUACCUUUCGCGUGAUAUUAAACCUGGGAAUUUUGCCGUUGGAUUGCGUGAUAAUGAACAACAUAAAACAAUAUUUUUAUUCGACUUUGGCCUUGCCAAAAAAUAUGUGGAUAAGAAUGGAAAGCAUUAUGCGUGUCGAGGAGAAGUGGGAUGGCGAGGUACGACGAGAUAUGGCUCAUUGAGGGCACACUUACGUCUUGAUUUAGGUAGACGUGAUGACUUAGAAUCAUGGUUGUAUAUGAUCGUUGAAAUUACAAAAGGCUCUCUGCCAUGGAGGCGUGUCAAAGAACGCAUUGGUGUACAAGCGGGUAAAGAGAUGGCCAGAGAGGGUGGACGUGCGCAGUUCUUGCAUAACUGUCCGAAACAAUACGAUGCAAUGUUAACGCAUAUUGAUGCACUCAAAUUCGAAGAUGAUCCGAAAUAUGACGAUAUUUAUCGCACUCUCGAUGAAAUCCGAAGAGAGAGAGGUAUUCGUAUGCAUUCAAGAUUCGAUUGGGAAUCAGAUGCCACAUCAACACGUUCAACAACGUUGAGUAUAUCACCACCUUCAGAUGCAUCCCAACAUGCCCAUAAAGAAGAUCUUUUAAAGCGAACAGAAGGUGAUCGCAAUGAUACCAAAGAUAAUGCUCUUCGCGACUUGAAAGCAUCGCAAUAA